AUGUCUGAACCACCUUCAACUCGAGUGCAGACCCCAGAUGUCGACUCCCUCCCAGCGGUGCGAACCGCCCACGUCCAAUCCCUCAUGGACCGUCUUCGCAGCAAAAGCCCCAUCUACAACUUCAUAAUGGCCCCAGCGCAACUCAUGGCUACAAGCCAAGGCGUCGUCAUCACACGCAUGACACUAAACGAGAAUCACCUAAACAGCAGCGGAAGCCUACACGGCGCUGUAUCAGCUACUAUCAUCGACUUUGUCACUGGUCUGGCCAUCGCGAGCUGGGAUCUGAGGGAGACGACUGGUGCGAGUGUGGAUAUGCACAUUAGCUACGUCAGCACGGCACGUUUGGGGGAUACAGUAGAGAUUAUCUCAACGGCGGAUAAAGUCGGUGGGAGCGUUGCCUUUUCGUCGAUAAAGAUUUUCAAGGUUGAGGCGGAUGGGACGUCGAAACUUGUUACGCAUGGACAGCAUACCAAGUAUGUCAAGACUUCACAGCCAAAGGCUUCAUCGGCAUGA